UUCAUUAUACAAUAUAUUCCUAUGGAAACCUUAAUGAAGAUGGAUUUAAGCACGUGGUGUAUGUGUUAAUGCCUUAUCAUCAAGGAUGUUGCAUUACACUAAUGUGGUCACUAUCUUGGUAUUGAUAUCGCACAUCGCAAAAGGAGCACGUAUUCGGAAGAACUAUACAGAUACGCAGCUAGAUCUCUUCAAAGAUAUCGCUAAAAACAUUAAACAGGAGAGUUUGAUGAUGCCUACCAGUGCUGAAGUGAUUGAGAAGAUGAAACGCAUUGAUGAAGCUGAGUAUAAGAAGAUAGACAAGCGAAUUGAGAAGGAAACUGCGGAGCUAACGGCUGAUCACGGGAGCUGCGGCACUGUGAAUUACAAGCGGGACUAUACACAUCCGUGUCCAGAAGGUUGGACUCCUAAAAGUGACGGUUCGUGCUGGGGCCAGGGGUAUAAGGGCCCGUGUGAAGCUCUGCAGACCUUCAAGUGGUUCACAGAGGAAGAGAAGCGCAGCUUCGAACAACGUUGCUGUGCAUUCUGGCCUCCGGUGAAUUUAGAAUCUAUAAGUACUUCGGCUAAAAUGCUACCGACUCCAUUAAAUGGCAGUGUGGACCAUGAUAAUGGCAUGGUGAUUGCAGCUAGAAUAUAAU